UGAAGUCAAAAAACACGUCAUAAAACUAUUCAAAGGUAAGUUACUAAGCCAAAUAUCAGCCGUUAACGUAGAGCAAAGAGAUGUCAUUGUGUGAAACGAGAAUAGAAAAGAAAUCAAACGAAAGCGGGAGCUGUGCGAAAUGAAAUAUAUUUGCAUAUCUAGUAACCGAAUUAGCAGUUCUUCUAAAACACAAACACUUUCACAAUGGACAGUGUGCAAACAGCAGCAGACGUGUCUAAUUCUACAAAUCGCCGUCAAUGUUUGCCCCAUGAAUUGCGCCCCUGUAGCCUUGUAGCAACAGAUGCUGUGCAAAACACAAGCAGAGCCAUGUUGGCAGGCAGUGAUAGCGAUGCGAUAAUGCAGGUGCAACAACAACAACAACGAUUAGUGCAUACAUCCUUACUCUCCGCUAGUUUUGUGAAUUUGUGCAUCUUCAUAGCGGGCACCAGCGUGGCUUUCUUUCUCUACGAGUUCCUUCAUUUCUCUCCAUAUAGUGCGCUCUUGCGCCAGGCCACUAAACAACUGCAGCAUUUACCUGAUGAGCACUUCCUGCAGAUUCGCGAUGACUUCGCUCUUUAUGCGACGCCUGGCGCAGGCACAUUGGAUUUGGACGCGUUUAAAGAAAUGUAUAGUAAUUUGAAAGAGGAUGCGAGUGCACAGGAUUCGACAACGAAUGUGAAAGAGGCGCUCGAUUCGCUGAAAUUAGCGAAGGAGAUGCGCGCAUUAGGCAAAAAUGAUAAGGCGGAACGGUUGUAUGAGCACGCUUUUGCGCUGGCGCCAAAACAUCCCGAGGUGCUGCUGCGCUACGGCGAGUAUCUGGAGCACAAUCAACGCGAUAUUGUGCUGGCGGAUCAGUAUUACUUUCAGGCGCUGAUUCUGAACCCCACCAACACAGAAGCUGUGGCCAAUCGUCAACGUACCGCCGCUAUUGUACAAUCAAUUGAUGAACGCAAGCUGAAAUUGCUUGACUUGAAGCGUGACGCACUCUCCGCAGUGCACGAAUCAAAUGCUGCAUUGAGGCGCGCCAAAAAGGAGGCUUAUUUUCAACAUAUCUACCACUCAGUGGGCAUUGAGGGCAAUACUAUGACAUUGGCGCAGACGCGCUCUAUUUUGGAGACACGCAUGGCUAUCGAUGGCAAGUCGAUUGACGAGCAUAACGAAAUUCUGGGUUUGGAUUUGGCUAUGAAGUACAUCAAUGCAAGUUUGGUAAAUAAAAUGGAAAUAACUUUAAAAGAUAUUUUAGAAAUACACAGACGUGUGCUGGGUCAUGUUGACCCGAUUGAGGGCGGAGAAUUUCGGCGUACACAAGUUUACGUUGGCGGCCAUGUUCCACCUGGUCCGGGUGAUUUGGCCAUACUCAUGCAGCGCUUCGAGAUUUGGGUGAAUGCAGAGCAAUCGGUUUCAAUGCAUCCAGUAAAACACGCCGCUUUGGCUCACUAUAAACUAGUGCACAUACACCCCUUCAUCGAUGGAAAUGGCCGCACGUCGCGUCUGCUUAUGAAUGCAUUGCUGAUGCGCGCUGGGUAUCCGCCCAUUAUUAUUCCAAAGCAACAGAGGCACAAAUACUACCAAUUUCUUCAACUGGCAAACGAGGGUGACAUACGCCCCUUCGUGCGUUUCAUAGCCGAUUGCACAGAAAAAACACUGGAUUUAUACCUCUGGGCGACAAGUGAUUUACCACAGCAGAUACCAAUGCUAGCACGCACGGAAAACGAGUUGGCGAAUGUGGACAAGCUGGUAACACCGGGAGUGGCCGCUGGGAACGGCGACUCUUUGACAGCACAGAAAGCAACCACACCGUCGCCGGUGGAUAUAUUUCAAUCUGGUUCCGGAGAAAUUCCUUAACAUUUCAUGCAGCUGCUGAUAUUAAUGUAUGCCAUAGAAUUUAGCGGUCAAACGCAGGUCGUAGAUGCACUAAUUAAAAUUUAACUUAAAUGUGGUGUAAAAAUUAGUUUAGGUAGUUAAUGAAGAGAAAACGAAAUUCGUAUUAGGAUAUUUGUAUGUAUUUUACGUAUUAAUUAUUUUACUUUUUUGUGUGUAGAUAUGCAACACCUGACUGUGAUCUGUUAGAAAUGUAUGGAGUUUAGUAAAAACUUGGCAUAUCUGACCGUCUAGGCGUCAAGCUGCUGUGCAGGAAUAUGACAUUUUACAUAUGUAUAAAUUAGAACUUCCAUACUUGCAAGAGAGAUGUAAAAUCUAGUUUUUUAGUUAUAUGGUAUAUAUAUUUAAAAACCCUGGCAGCAGACAAUUUAAAAUUAUGAAUACCAAAAAGCUACUUUGUAUAAAAGGUACUGCCAAAACGUAAACGACAACCAAAAACAAAAUGACUUUCAGCAACAAUUUACAACAACGUAUAAUAUAUUUUUUAAUUAAGAACGUAAUCAUCAAAGCAUCUAUAAAUUUAACAGCUACUAAUCACGGCACGUUGUCAGCUACAUGCGCAGCGGUAAUCAAGUCUCUUUGUGAAGCUCAAAUAAUUUAAGUAUAAAAUUCCGCAGUGAUGUUUGAGUGUCAGGCGUGAGUGUAAAUCAAAGCGUAUUUGCAUGCUUUUAUGUGCAGUACGUUUGUAUGUACAUACAUAUAUAUAUAUUUUAUUUAUUACAUGUGUAGAAAACCUAUUGAAAGCACAAAAGUACGAGCUGUUGGUUACUUAAAUUAUGUACAUUGGCAAAAACUAAAUUAUCGUACUGGAAUAAAAAAUUUAUUGUAAAAACUA